AUGCCGCUUUCCACUGCGAGGUGGCUGGCAAGCAAGGAGGGCUGGUCCAUGCACCCCUCCCCCUCCGCGGCCGCGCUCGAGACGCCCCAUAUAGCCGCGUACUUCGCCGCCGCGCUGCUGGCGACCAUGUACCGUCACGGCGGCCGGCGGCGGCGCGAGCGGUUCGCGAUCCUCGCGUUCCACGCCGGCCCACGUGCGGCGGCGGCCGCGGCGGCGGCGAGGCGCCGCCGCGCCCGCUGGCAGGACGCUGCGCCGGCUGCCGACCAGUGUGCCGGCGGCGGCGGUGUGGUUGGAUCCGACGGCGGCGGCGAUAGCAGCUGCGGGGACGGCAAGGGCUGGGAGGACGACAGCGCGAGCAGCUGCGGCGGUGAGGACACGCGGGACGACGAGGACAGCGGCUCUCUGGAUGGUGGCGGCGGCGGCGGCGGCGCGCUCGCGGGGUUUUGGGACAAGUACCAGCGCGCCAAGGGGCUGGUGGAUAAGAUGUCAAAGGCCCUGGAGCUGCGGCGUCGCGCAGAAGGCGGCGGCGGCGGCGGCGGCGGCGGCGAGCGCGGCGGCGGGUGGGGCGGCGGCUGCGGGGCUGGCGGCAUGAUGCACUUGGUGCACCAAGGGGAGACGCUUAAUAGGAUUGCGGUCAUCACCGGCACUAGCGUGGCUGACCUGUUGGCGGCAAACCCCGACCUGCCUGGGGAGUCGGCCCUGCAGCCCAACGACCUCAUUGCCCUGCCCAUCCCCGCCGUCGUCCCGCGCCUGCACGCGCUGCGCCCGGGCGACAGCCUCCGGUCGCUGAGCCGCGCCUACGGCGUGCCGCUGGGGCGCCUGCUGGCGCGCAACCCCGAGCUCUGCGACCCCCGGGCGCUGCAGCCCGGCUGGGUGGUGGCAAUACCGGGGCUCAGGGGGGACAGCGCGCCGACGUCGGCGCUGAGCGGCGGGAGCGGCGGCGGCGGCGCCGGGGGUGGCAGCAGCGGCGGCGGCGGCGGCGCGGCACUGGCACAGCUGCAGCUGGCGCAGCUGCAGCUGCUCGGCGGCGGCGGAGGGCGCCGGAGGGCUCGGUUCUCGCUGGAGGCAUCCCCGGUGGCGCCGUCCCCAGCGGCGCUGCGAGGAGUAGGACAGGCGCUUCUGUUGUAG